AUGAGGCUACUUGGUCUGACUGCUUGUAGAGGAUUGGGCAGUCAAAUUUCUAUGAGGGAAAAUGUAUCAAACGAAUUUUUAAUUAAAUUUUACCUGUACAACAUAUCUAGAAUAAACAUCGACGUGUAUUACAAUAUAAUUUCUAUGCUUAAAAGAAAUGAACGAAGAGAUAACGUGGAUAAAGGAAUUUUAAAUGUGCCAUAUUUUACCAAUCCUGAAUUAAUUUUAUACAAAUAUUUUCGAUUUUUAAAUCCAGAAAAUGAUAAAAAAAAAGUAAUAAAAUUAAUGUUAUUAUUAUACACCAAAAAUUUAAGAGAAUAUAAUGACAAGAGAAUUUAUUUUUACAACUCUUCUGUGCACGUGAACAAUUUUAUAUUUCAUAAUUUUUUCAAUUAUCAUUCCAAUUUUUACGACCAAGAGAGAAAGACAAAAAGGGUGCUAAACCUUAAAAUAGACAGGUACAAUUUGUACACAGAUUUUUUUUUAUAUGCCUUAGACUUUUAUUUAUAUCACUUGUCAAAAAAUUGUAGACUUCUUAACAUUGGGCAGUUAAAUAUUCUUUCAAAUAUAUAUGCAAAUAUAAGCAUAUCAUCAGAAGAAUGUUCUGAGGCAUAUUUGCAAAAUGAUAAAAGUAGUCCUUUCACAACAUGUUUAAAGAACAAUUCGGAUAAACUCUAUAGACAUGGUGAUUCUGUAUUGAAAGGAAAUGCAACUUGUGUGCAAACUUGUUCAUACGAAAGAGAAGGAUAUAUCCAGAAGAAAUGGAAAGAUGAAUGUGUGAAUAUAUUUGAAAAUAACGUCAAUAAUAAAAUAUGCCUCUUGUUUAUUCAGAUUUCUAGGGGUAUCAUUUCCCAAACUGUUUUUCACGUUAAUCAUAAAUAUCGAGGGGAAUAUGAUAAAGGACACCAGUCGACGAAAGAAUUAACUCAAAGUAAUGUAAAAACAUGUAGGAUAAUUUUAAAUCGUCUUUUAAAUAAAAGCAUAAAAAAGCAAUAUCAAGAAUAUAUCAUUUUAAAAAAAAUAUAUAAUACAAAAUUGUUGAACAUUAAUGUUUUAAAAAAUUACCUAAACAGCAUUAAGUAUUUGAAUAUUAUCAACAUAAAGAAAUAUGUAUAUAUUAUACUUUAUUUGUAUUUUAAUUCGUUCUUAUUUAAAAAGUCUUUUUAUUUCACAUCUCUCAUUUUUCACAUAUUGCAAAAAUAUAAUUUACAAUACACAUAUUUAUUUAGCAUUUUAUUUAUUAAGUUUAACUUAUUUUUUGUGAACUACAAAAUUUUGAAUGAAUGCAAUAAGAUCGUGCUGCUCGAUGGAAUUAGCAAAUAUAUUGACUCAGUUUUAACUUUUCGAAUAAAGACAUGCAAUGGAGGAGGAAGUCCCACUUCGUCCCAGGUAGACAUAAAUCCCACUCCGUCCCAGGCAGACACAAAUCCCACUUCGUCCCAGGCAGACAUAAAUCCCACUCCGUCCCAGGCUGACGAAUUUUAUACUCAUAUAUACAACAAGGAACGCACCGAAAAUGUGUACACUCAAAAAAUGCUUCAUGAGGAUGUGUAUAAAUAUGCAAAAAGAUCCUCCAAUUCUUUCACGUACUUUGAGUAUUCCAUUUACAACUUAUUCAAAUACUUAAAUUACAACAUUAUAUUUGUGAAAGGAGAAAAAAAAAAAAAAAUAAAUGGAAAAACAAAUCUCCCAGAGGAAGAUAAUAAUUUUGCAAACACACAUACAAACUAUGUGAAUAAAAAGUACAACAAAUUUUACCUAACCUUGUCAGAAAAUUUUUUGUCAAAUAUUGUGCUAUUGUCCAAUUAUGUUCAGAAUUGUUUGCCCAUACUUUUUUCCUUCAUGCAGUGUAUCCAAGUGGUUAGAUUAAGACCAAGUAGGAGAAAAAAUAAAAACAGAAAAAUGACGAAACAAAACAUUAUUCAUACUCAACAUACGAGGGAAUACACAUUAUUUCCAAUCAAUGAACAAAAUAGAAAGACAAUAGACAUACCACAUGCACAUGUUUUCAAAAAUAACACAUUUGGAAAAUUUUUGCAAAAAAAAUAUAAGAAAAAAAAAGGAAAAGGAAUAAAUCCGUUUUCAAUAUUUUUAACAUAUACCUACAACGUGUUUAGACAAAAAAUUAUAAAUAAUUAUUUAAAUGAUGAAAACAAAUUUCCGAAAAAGGGCAAAAAUUGGGAAGAAGAAAUAAUUAUGUACAAUAAUAUAAAAAAAAAUAGGAAUAACAAAAUUCGAACGAGUCUCACUCAUUAUUAUAUAAGUAGCAAUUUUAAAAAAAUAAGUGACAAAAAUUUGUUUAAUGAGAAAAAUAUUUUGACUUUCUAUUGUGACAUAUAUUUUAAUAAUAACAUUAUUGAAGUUGAUGGACCAAAGCAUUUUUUUAUUUACUACCAUUUUGAAAAGGGUAUUAAACAAAAUUAUUUUACUCCCUUUAUUUUAAAACAUAGAGAUAUAUUUGAUUUUAAUUUUGUUUUCCCAUUUUUUUUUCACAACGAAAAUGUCUUAAAUUUAAAAGAUAGUCAAAAUGGAUAUUAUUAUUUUUAUAAUGAUAAAAGUGUUAAGAAAAACUUUUUUUUGUAUAUUAACGGCUAUUUCAUAAAGCACAUAAAUUAUUUUGACAAGGACAUAACCAGCUAUAACUAUUUGUUCGAUGUACUCUUCAGAAGACGUAGUAAUUUCCACGUUGCUACAAGUGGAAUUUCGCAAAAAACUUAUUCUUGA